ACCGCACUUUAUACCUUCUUCGGUAACCCCCUUAUAUUCCCCCUCUUCCCCUCUCCGAUCUCCACCCACGCACCCAACCACCCCUUUUUUUUUUUUGUUUUCCCUUUUCUCUCUUUCUUUUUUUUUUCCUCGAUCUUUUCUCUCGUCCAAUUUUAGAGCGGCGCUACUACUACUACUGUAAUGAUGAUGAUGAUGAUGGAAAAAUACGGUGGUGGCAAAAUUAGCAGGAACGGUAACAACAGUAGUAAUAACGGUAGCGGGGGCGGCGGAGGUGCGGUGGUGGCGGCGCCGUUCGUGGUGAAGACGUACCGGAUGGUGAACGACCCGUCGACGGAUUCGGUGAUCGCGUGGGGGAGGGAGAACAACAGCUUCGUCGUCGUCGACCCCUUCGUGUUCUCGCAGACGCUCCUCCCGGCCAAUUUCAAGCACAACAACUUCUCCAGCUUCGUGCGGCAGCUCAACACAUACGGAUUCCGCAAGGUGGACCCCGACCGGUGGGAGUUCGCGCACGGGGCGUUUCUACGGGGGCAGACGCAUCUGCUGCGGCAAAUAGUGCGGCGGAGUAGCGGGGGUGGGGGUGGAGGGAGGAGGAGGGAGGGGUGUGGAAAUGGGGAUGGGGGUGGGGAUGGGGAUGGC